UUGGGUCAUGUGGUAUUUGAUGUGGGGGAGCUCGAUGCCGAGAAAGUCAGUAAACAGCGCUUGUUUGUUGCUCUGUUCAUUGAAAAAGCAGGUCAUCUUUGUCACGGACAGAAGCCGUUUAUACCGCCCACUGCCAGCAUGCAGAACGUGAUUAACUCUGUGAAGGGCACCGCUCUCGGGGUGGCCGAGUUUUUGACGCCAGUUCUGAAGGAAUCUAAAUUUAAAGAAACUGGAGUUAUAACUCCGGAGGAGUUUGUUGCUGCAGGAGAUCAUCUAGUUCAUCAUUGCCCCACGUGGAAAUGGGCAUCUGGCGAAGAAGCAAAGGUGAAGCCGUAUUUGCCCAAAGACAAGCAGUUCCUAUUAACUCGAAAUGUGCCAUGUUACAAGCGUUGUAAACAAAUGGAGUACUCUGAUGAGUUGGAGGCUAUUAUAGAAGAGGACGAUGGAGAUGGAGGAUGGGUUGACACCUAUCAUAACUCUGGUGUGACAGGAAUGACAGAAGCAGUUCGGGAAAUCUCUUUGGAUAACAAAGACAAUAUAAACAUGAAUGUGAAUGUGGGCAGUGGAAAUGGUGAUGAUGACGAUGAUGAUGAGGGAGAGGCAGCAGAUAUGGAAGAAUAUGAAGAAAGUGGGCUCUUGGAAACAGAUGAGGCCACACUUGACACAAGUAAAAUUGUGGACACAGCCAAAUGCAAGGUUGACGCAGGUGGAGAAGAUGCCAUUCUACAAACAAGAACCUACGACCUGUACAUUACUUAUGACAAAUACUAUCAAACUCCCAGGCUGUGGCUCUUUGGAUAUGAUGAGGAAAGACAGCCUCUCACUGUGGAUCAAAUGUAUGAAGACAUCAGUCAGGAUCAUGUGAAGAAAACUGUCACCAUUGAAAACCACCCACACUUGCCUCCUCCUGCCAUGUGCUCCGUGCAUCCAUGCAGACAUGCUGAAGUCAUGAAGAAGAUCAUUGAGACAGUGGCUGAAGGUGGAGGAGAGCUUGGAGUUCACAUGUAUCUUCUGAUUUUCUUGAAAUUUGUGCAAGCUGUCAUUCCAACAAUAGAAUACGAUUACACAAGGCAUUUCACCAUGUAAACAUAACGUGUCCCAGAAUUACACCCAUGUCUUCUUUGCAAGUGGAAGCUGUUUUACAGUGUGCAGGCAGUGGCUAAUAACACAUUUAGACAGUUCUCAGAAAUACUUAAGGAAUGUUACAUAUUCUAUGAAAUAGCCUUUGUUGCAUGAGGAGAAGAUUUAAUGACAAUAGCUACACUAUGCCCUAGCAGUAACUUCAACAUGGGAACCUUUCUCAUUUUCUGUAUAAGGUGCUCACUGUCCUGCUGAUGUCCUCUUGCUAAAAGUAUUUUAUAUAUUUACAUUGGAUUUAAACCGUGCUGCCAGAUUAUCUAUAAUGAAAAUAGCUAUGAAAUGCAUUAUCAAUCUAACCAGCAUUCCUUCUGUCCUCUGUAGCUUCUGACUGGUGUGCAAUAAACGUUCUAUGGUGUUGGACCUGUU